AUGGAGACAAGUGUGACAACUGUUACAGCAACGGAUGAAGAUGGAACCAAACAGAACAGUGAGGUGUUUUAUGAGCUGUCUGGACCAGGAUCCGACAAGUUUAGAAUCGACAGUAAAAAAGGACUGAUCAAAGUGGCAGGAGAACUAGAUCGUGAACGAAAUUCCUCAUAUUCCCUGACUGUGCUGGCUACUGACAGAGGAACGCCACCUCACAAUGGUUCGACGACAAUUCAUGUUACUGUCACUGAUGUCAAUGAUCAAUUACCACAGUUUACCAAAGAUUCUGUUAAAAUUCGUGUUAAUGAAACAACGUCGAGUGGUACGGUUUUUGUAUACAGGUUUACCGCAACAGAUCCAGAUACUAACCACAACUUAAGCUACAGUCUAGAGUGGUCCUUGUCUUCUGCACUCAACAAUCAGCGUGAAAAAGUUGCCAUCAAAACACUUCAGAGUGUUUUCGAUAUUAAUUCCUUAAAUGGAGGGAUCUCUAUCAAGGGAAUUUUGGACCGUGAACUGGUUGAGACGGUGACAUUAACUGUCAAAGUUCAAGAUAUUCAUGGUAUUUCAUUACAGACUGCAUUAGCUACUCUUGUCAUCCAUGUCCUUGAUGUCAAUGAUAAUGCCCCAGUUUUCAACCAAAAUACAACAUACAUUGCCAAGAUCAGAGAAAAUUCACGUGGGAUACCCAUUUCAUUUACAAACGUAAAUGCAAUGAUUAUCUCAGAUUCAGAUCAGGGUGUGCAUGCUCAGUUCAGCAUAUCCAUCAACUCUACGUUAUUUGAACCAGCUUCAAAUCAUGGACAGACUCAAACCACUGUUCAGAUACGAGUCACUAAUACAGCUUCCUUGGAUUAUGAGACGACAAAGAGUUAUGUGCUGAUGGUAACUGCAUCUGAUGGAACACACAGUAAUCAUGCGUUUGUUAUGGUUACCAUCAUCGAUGUCAAUGACAACAACCCUAAGUUUAACAGAACAGAGUAUAACGCUACUGUGUUUGAAAAUACAACAACAUUCAUACAACAACCACAUAUUCAGGCCACAGAUGAUGACUUUAAGAGCAUUGUGUCUUAUUCAUUGCAAGGGUUUCCGGAAGUGUUUGCAAUUGACAAUAGAACUGGUGUCAUUACAAUAAGGGCAGCACACCUAUUAGAUCGGGAGACUAGAAGCUCCUACACCCUCACUGUGACUGCCUCGGAUGGGGAACGACAAGUGUCUGCACCUCUAAUUAUAACAGUACUUGACAAAAAUGACCAAACUCCAAGGUUCAAUGCAGAUCAGUACGAUGGAACAGUCGAAGAGGGGUCUACACAUUUUAAUAGACCUGUUAAAGUUCAGGCAACCGAUAACGAUGAGCGUGGAACAAAUAACGCUAAAAUAGUUUACAGUAUAAUAAGUGGCCCUAAUAACUUUGCCAUCAAUGCGACUGGUGGUGAAAUAAGCAUUAACACUGCACUGGAUUAUGAAGGACUGAAUGUGUCUCUUGGAGGAUUUGUCAGAUUAACAGUUAAAGCAAAGGACCUCGGAUCUCCACCAUUGUCUUCAACUGUGAAAGUUACAAUUUUGGUAGAGGAUAAAAAUGAAUUUGCACCUGAGUUUCAGAGUACGCCAUACGUUACAAAUACUACAGAAAACAGUCCUGUUGGUUCCCUUGUAUCCACUAUAUCUGCAAAAGACAAAGAUGGUAGCAAGCCAAACAACGAAUUCAUGUAUACUCUGGAAUCUGUUGGCCUGGACAAGUUUAUCAUUAACAGCACAUCGGGGCAGAUCCAUUUAAGGAACACAAUAGACCGAGAACUUGAUCAAAAGCAGUAUAAUCUCACGGUGGUAGCUACUGAUCGUGGUAGGGUGCCACUAAGUAGCACAACGAAUGUAUUGGUUUCUAUAGUGAAUGUGAAUGAUGAGAAACCUACAUUUACACCAACAAGUGUAAAUGAUGAAAUUUAUGAAAAUGUUACAGUAAAUACUAUAAUAAGAUCUGUUCACGCUGUCGAUCUAGACGAGGAUGCAUCACUUUUGUAUUCCAUUUGGUGGAAUCGGAGUACUGUCGUUGCACAGAAUAUGUUUAAUAUAAACAGAAGCACAGGUGAUAUCAAAAUUAUUGGAAAGCUGGACCGAGAAACAGCUGAGGUUGUUCACUUAUAUAUCCAUGUCUGGGAUCAACACGAAAAGACAAACAAACCACAAACUGCAACUGCAUCACUCACCGUGACUAUUUUGGAUGUCAAUGAUAAUAAGCCAAGUUUCAAUCUAAAUCAAACAUACAAAGCAUCUAUAACUGAAAACAUGUCACCACAAAUUCCUAUUACCUUUGACACAGGCAAUAGUAUGACCGUUGAAGACAAAGAUAAA